AUGGAUAGUAUAGCAGAUGUUGUUCAGUUGAUUUCAGAUGGCAGUUAUUGGUUUAACGACGCAGAUGAAAGGCAACAAUGGAGAAUCCCUGACAAAAAUGGCAAGUGGCAAUUCAACAUCAACAGCGACGUCUAUCUAGCUCAGCUUGAUCGCCUUAACGCUGCAAUCGAGGCAAAAAGACCGCGCAAAAAAAACCACAUCGUGUUCCAUCACGAUAACGCCCGUCCACAUGUUGAGCUCCGUGUAAUCGAAUCCAUCGCCGACAAGGGAUAG